CUCGUCUGCGUGCCUCUCGAAAUUACCUGUUCCACCAGAGCUGAUGUGAGCGCCAGUUGGCGAGCACAUGCCACGUUGGGAGAAGAGCCAAAACUGAACCAAACUGUCUUUCCGGCAACGAGGAGCUCGAGAAGACCAUUUUACUUCACCCACCUGCAGAAAACUCAGCCAAGUGGUUUUUGAACAGACCUCUGAAACAGCCUGAGCCCAGCGGGAACGCCAGAGACCUGCAAGGAUGCACUUGUUGUGUGCCAACUGCGUGUGCGCCCUCCUCGUCAGCGCGCUGCUCAGCCAAGUCAGCGGUUUGGAGACUGUUAUUGGCCAGUAUGGGGAAACGCUCGAGAUCCCAUGCAGCAAUGGAUCCAUAAAAGCAGAAGAUGUCUUCAUCACUAAAUGGAAAUAUGACAAAGGACAGGGACUUACAGAAAGCCUGCUGGUCAAGCAGAACAACCAGAAUGUCUCAAUCAGUGACACUGAAUACAAGGAUCGUGUCAGCAUGGCGACCACAAAUGCCAGCCUGCUGCUUUCGGCAGCCAAGCUGGCUGACCAACGGACUUUCACCUGCAUGGUGGUGGUUGGUGCAGACAUCAAAGAAUACCCAGUUAAUGUGGUGAUCUACAAAGUGCCAGCAGGUCUCGAUAUUUCUGACAAAGUAGAGGAACUGGAGAUUGGCAGACUUACUAAGCUUGGAACAUGUGUUGCAGAGGAUGCCAACCCACCAGCAAACAUUACAUGGCUGAAGAACAAUAGACCUUUGGUGGCUGAUGGGAAAAGGGUUUCCAUCCAAGCCAAAGUGCAGGUAAGCGAUCUUACUGGCCUCUCGACGACCACCUCUGUACUGGAGUACACAGCCGAGAAGGAAGACAACGAUGCCCAGUUCACGUGCAGCACUCAGCACAUUGAUGGUGCAGAGCUGGUGUCCUCUCCAGUGACCUUCACCAUCACCUACUCCACAGAGAAAAUCAGCCUUGUGGUCAAUCCUCAAAACCCUCUUGUAGGAGACAGUGUGACUCUGAAGUGCAUUGCAGAUGGUAACCCAGCUCCUACCAGCUUUAAUUUCCACCUUAAGGGAGAGUUGGUGAAAGUGGAAAAUGCAAAUACUUACACCAUCACGAACGUCUCACGUGAUACCACUGGUGAAUACAAAUGCUCCCUCAUUGAUAACCCCUUGUUGGAAGCAUCUGAGGACAUCACAGUCAACUACCUAGAUGUCAAUUUAAGCCUCUCCGGGAUUAUUAUCAAGAAUGUCAGCGAGGCCCUCGAUCUAGCUCUCCUGAUUGAGGCUUCCGGAGAGACAGAGGUCUCCUGGACACAGGAUAAUGUUAAACUGGAUAAAGAGCCCAAGUUUACCAACCUGACGUACUCCCACUCUGGCCGCUAUGAGUGCACAGUGACGAUGGGGCUCCUCAGCCGAAAAGUUGGUUUUGAGCUGGUUGUUGAAGGUAUUCCAGUGAUCAAACGGCUGUCCGAAAAGCGUGGUGAAGACAACCAGCAUACAGUCUUGGGGCUGUCCCAAGAUCCUGGUGAAGACAACCAGCAUACAGUCUUGAUUUGUGAGGUUGAAGGUUUCCCAGAGCCGGUUGUUUCCUGGAGCAUCAAUGGCACCUCGCUUUAUGAAAGCUUUGACCACGGAAAGAUAACACACAAGAUCACAGUUGUGCCUACUGCAAAUCUUACUGUCUCUUGUACAGUGAUUAAUAAGAUUGGCAUGGACACCAGCACUAUAAAUGUAUCGUCCUUAUAUGAGGCUGUGAGAAUGGCUAAACAAGACCAGUCAGAUCACAGUGACCAGACCAAGAUGGUGGUUGGCGUUGUCGUCGGUCUGCUCAUUGCCACGGUGAUUAUAGGCCUGGCAUACUGGCUCUACAUGAAGAAAUCUAAGCAAGGCAGCUGGAAGACUGGGGAAAAGGAAAAUGGGUCUUCUGAGGAGGAGAAAAAACUGGAGGAGAAAGUGGAGGAGAACAGCCAGAAAGCUGAGGUGUAGAAACAGCAACUGUCCUUUGGGAAUGUGAAAGUGAGAACAUGGAACCUUUGCACAUUUCUCUUCACCUCUGUCUUUGGGGAAAAACAAACGAGUGUACAUUGGGAUGAAGACGGUCUGGAUUUGGUUUCAGGGAGUAUUUUACUAAAAAGCAUAUCCAAACACGCCCCUCUCUCCUCAAUCCCUCCUCCAUUCCUGAAAAAAAUGAAUGGAUACUGUAUGUGAUAUACUUGUCUGCACUACUGAUACAUGUGUAAACGUGUCUACUAUUAAGAUUUGUGUUUGUUAGAAUGGAAUUCGGGAAACAGAAAAUGCAGAUCUUUUUGAUUUUGUAGUUGAUACAAGUAAAAAAAAGAUACUACUAGACCAGUUGCCUUUGAUGUAAGGAUGUGUAGGCCUGCGUUAGUCUGACUUUUUGGCCCUUGGAGACACAGCAGGGACCGAGGGACAUCAUCACUGUCACAUCUUAGUUUCACGUCAUCACAAACAACCUCUGCCUUCAACAUCAGUUCAGCUCUGUCUGUUCAUUUGCGUUCAUUUGAGCUCACUCAUUCAGGUGGAAAAUGUGUUGAAGUUGAAACAAAAUCUCUGAAAAGGGCUAAGGGUAUGUUGUUAUACUCAGCAGUAGUUAUAGGUGGUAAUAUGAUUUCCAUGUUGCAAUGCAGAAAGUAGAUGACGUGCCACAGUUUUUUGGCAUUAGAUGAUUUUUUUUUCUCUGAUUCUAUUCAAAGAAACCUGGAGCAAAAAUGACAAAUAAUUCAUUUUUGCCUGUCUCUCCUUUUUUCAACAAACACAACCCCUGUAUAACACAAGCAAGUGGAUUAUUGCAAGAAUGUAUAAACAUAAUAAGUCAGCUCGUUUUAAUGGCUCCACUUUGGCUGCACAGCUUGUUUGAUAUAAAGCAAUGGUUUGUUUUCGUGCUUUUCCCAAGAAAAUGUCCUUAACCUCUUAGUCAUGAAAGAAUAUUUUAGUUUAUCUGUCAAGACUGUAAGUGAAUUCUCAGUCUGUGCUCCAUCAGUGUCUACGUAUGAUUUGGGAGCGUUUUGUAAUCAAGGACACAGAAUGGGCAGGAUGUUUGACUUAAAGUAGCCGUUAAGAAUUGUUUGCUUUCUUCUGAAAAUCAACCUGUAAAUGCUUUAGUUUGUGAUGGGUUCAUGUUUUUAUGUCAAAUUUUUGUAGGAUAUGAUGGAAUAUACGAAGCUGUACAUGUCACAGUUUUGGUCCCUUAACAGCAUUUAUUCAUUUGAAAAUGUAUCAAGACCAGUAUGUAAUUGUGAAGUGUGGUUUGUCUUUUUGUUUUUGUUUUGUUUUUUGCUAUUUAUAUUGUACAGGAUAAAAUAUCCUGGUAGGCUGAUUCAACAACUGCCGCAUAAUCAUAAAUUGGAGUCAUUGAUAAAUUGCUUGCAGACUUUACAAAAGUGUAAUUAAGUCUUCAGUAGGUUUCUCAGUCUCUGGUUGAAUAAUAGAUUCAGCAUGUGAUCAUCUCAGACCUCCAAGCUGCUGAUUGCUGCCUACCUUGUGUAAAACCAUCAAAUUGGAAGAAUGACCAAAGAAAGUGAACAUUGCCAUGCAAGUAUUGUAAAUAUAUAGUUUGUUUUUGUACUUUUGUUUAAAAUAAAAUGUACAUUUGGAAAAGUUA